AUGAGAUUUCUCGCUAUCCCAUUUCUCUUCUUUUCCUUCCUCUUGUCAGCAGCAAAGAGUGUAACGUACAAUGUGCAGAGUUACGGGGCGAAAUCUCACGGGAGAAGUGAUUCCACGAAUUCUUUUCUGAGUGCAUGGGCUGCAGCUUGUGCCUCAGUUGCGCCUGCAACAAUCUAUGUUCCACCGGGAAGAUUUUUGGUUGGUGGAGCCUCAUUUUGGGGCCAAAAUUGCAAGAACAAUGCUAUAACCAUUCGCAUCGAUGGAACCCUUGUUGCUCCAUCUGAUUAUAAUGUUCUUGGACAUUCCGGUAACUGGCUCAAGUUUGAAACAGUUAAUGGACUUUCGAUUUACGGUGGAACCCUUGAUGGCCAAGGGACUGGUCUCUGGGCUUGCAAAAACUCCGGCAAGCAUUGUCCUCAGGGAGCAACGACAUUGGGAUUUACCAACUCAAACAACAUUGCAAUUGCCGGCCUUACUUCUCUCAAUAGCCAAUUAUUCCACUUGGUGUUCAACGGCUGCAAUACCGUGAAACUGCAAGGAGUAAAGGUUUCGGCGGCCGGAAACAGCCCCAACACGGACGGGAUUCAUGUGCAAUAUUCAUCAGGAGUCACAAUCUUGAAUUCCAAGAUCAGUACUGGAGAUGACUGCGUUUCAAUUGGCCCUGGCACUACUAGUUUGUGGAUUGAAAAUGUUCUUUGUGGCCCUGGCCAUGGUAUCAGCAUUGGGAGUCUUGGAAAAGAUUUUGAAGAAGAGGGAGUCCAGAAUGUGACUGUAAAAAAUGUUACAUUCAAGAAUACACAGAAUGGUGUAAGGAUUAAAUCAUGGGGUAGGCCAAGCAAAGGUUUUGUCAAGGAUGUUUUGUUCCAGCAUGCCACUAUGAUCAAUGUCCAAAACCCCAUCAUUAUUGAUCAGAACUAUUGCCCAGAUAACAUCAACUGUCCUGGCCAGGUGUCUGGCAUAAAAAUAAAUGAUGUUACGUAUCAAGACAUCCACGGAACAUCAGCAACAGAAAUUGCAGUCAAAUUUGAUUGUAGCAAGAAGAAUCCAUGCAGCGGAAUAAGAUUGGAAGAUGUGAAGUUGACAUACAAAAAUCAACCAGCCAAAUCAUCUUGUGCCAAUGCUGCUGGAACUACACUUGGUCUGCUUGGCCCUGCUGGAACUACCAUUAAAAGUAAAGAGAAGGGUAACGGUACUUCCCCAGAGUCGUCAGAACAUGGGAGGGUUAGGCGGGAUCUGAGGAGGGAACCCGGCUUGCUGCAUAAAUGCCGCGAGAUUCUGCGCCAUAUUGUGAAUGUUAACGUCCAUGUGUUUCUGCCGUGUCUCAAGCCGCUCAACCGUGUUUCGGAGCUGGUGCCAUUCCUCGGCCGUAGGGCCGGAGGGGGGAGCGGAAGAAGAAGGACCGGGGUCACCGCCCGCCGUGGAAGCGUUGGCAAAGGAUGA